AUGUAAUGUGAGACACAUGGGCACACCUUGUACCUUGUCUCUGUGAGAUGAUGAUGGCGUUCUCUCUCUGCCACACCUCUUCUUUCUUCAUCGUUCACCGCUUACCACAACAAACUUUGAUAAGAACAAGACGAAUUCAUUUCCCAAUGAUUCGUGCAGUGCAAUCAGGGGAAUCAGAAACUGAAAAGUCUACACAGAAAAAGACUGAAGAAUCACCAUCUUCAACUGCUGCUGCUUCUCCUCCUCCUAGACCAAAGAAACCCGUCUAUUCUAUGAAGAAGGGCCAGAUUGUGAGAGUGGACAAAGAAAAAUAUCUCAACAGCAUCAAUUAUCUUUCUGUUGGGCAUCCGCCAUACUACAAAGGAUUGGAUUACAUCUAUGAAGACCGUGGGGAGGUCCUGGAUAUGCGUAUAUUUGAAACAGGGGAGUAUGCACUUAUUGCAUGGGUAGGAAUCCCCACUGCCCCCGCUUGGCUUCCAACAGACAUGCUUAUCAAGUCAGAGAAGCUCAAUUAUGAGAGGCUAUGAUCUGCAGUUUGGUACAGAUAUAUGCUAAAUAUUUAGAUCAGUAAAAUUUCAUUUUCCGGUGUUGUAAGAAAGUUUGAUUAAAGAUCCAACAUUUCAAAAGAUCCAGAAGUUUUUGGAGAUCACUAUCGCUGAUUCAUUGUAUAUGUGCCUCGUUAUAAUUA